UGUUUCUUUGUUGAUAAUUGGCCAAAAUGACUAAAUUUCAGGGAAAUACAAAGGAUGGCACCGAACCAUUACCAGCUCCCCCACCGUUAGCCCGAGAACGAAUCCCCGUGCAGAAAAGCAGUGUCUGUUCUCGGUCGUACUUUAUGGUUGUCAUGGUUUUCUUCCAUGUGUACAUCCUCAACGUUAUUGCGCUUCUUCUCUACGUGCAUUACAAUAACGCUUCUAAUGCGGUCGGAUCCGACCUUGAUUUCACUAGUAGGACUAACAAUCACAAAAUAGCAGAACAGCUGAAUACAGAACCUCCUUCUGACACCAGGUUUACACGAAAUGUAUACCUUCCACGGAUCGAGGGAAUUCGGGUUGGCCAUGUCCAAAAAGUGUCUCUGGCACCAGGAAAAAUGCAUGAGAUGAGGACACUUAGUCUAAAACCCCUGCUCUUUGAAAUCCCUGAUUUCCUCUCAGAGGAGGAGUGUGCUGUAGUGGUCCGCCUGGCUCAGCUAAAGGGCUUGACAGAGAGUCAGGUCAUGGUGCCUGAGGGGCAGGAGGAGCUAAGCCAGCAGCUCAACCUCAGCCCUGAAGAGAUCUUUCAUUUGCUUGACCUCAAUCAGGAUGGCCAGCUGCAGCCACAAGAGAUUUUGACACAUUCUCGAGUGAGAGAUGGAAUUUGGUUAACCCCUGAGAACUUGAGAGAGAUCUAUGAUGGCCUUAAAGUUGACCAGGAUAAUAAUGGUGUUUUGAGUAUGGAGGAGUUUGGUCAACUGAACAGUGAUUCGUUCCAGCGUUACCUACUCCAGCAUGGGGUAAAGAAGAGUCACCUGGUGAGGAACAGCAAGCACACAUGGCUCUACCAGGGCCAGGGAGCACACCAGGUCCUGCGAGAGCUCCGCAAUAGAGUCACACGUUUGACAAGGCUCCCGCCCUCUCUUGUGGAACUGAGCGAGCCCCUUCAGGUGGUGCAUUAUGAGCAAGGCGGUCAUUACCAUGCCCACCAUGACAGCGGACCAGUGUAUUCUGAUACAGUCUGCACUCAUACUCGGGUUGCUGCCAACACUUCCUCACCAUUUCAGACUUCCUGUAGGUACAUUACUGUACUGUUCUACCUGAACAGUGUGGAAGAAGGUGGGGAAACCACCUUUCCUGUUGCGGACAACAGAACCUUUGAAGAAGUGUCACUUAUACAAAACAAUGUGGAUCUGUUGGACACAAGGAAGCACUGUGAUAAAGGCAACCUGAGAGUAAAGCCCACCAAAGGGACAGCAGUGCUCUGGUACAAUUACCUCUCUGAUGGCAAAGGCUGGGUAGGUGAACAGGAUGAAUACUCUCUACACGGAGGCUGUAUAGUCACUCGAGGGACAAAAUGGAUAGCCAACAACUGGAUCAAUGUAGACCCAGACUACCAACGGCAGGCUCGCUACCAGCAGCUUGUAUUGCAACAGCAGGAAUCCCAGGAGCGGCAGCCAGACAUGAACGCAGAUGAACACACAGGCAACCACCAAGAACUGUAAACAUACUUAUACAUAUAUGCACUUAUGCAUGCGUAGAUACACAGUCACACAAAACCUGUAAAUGCACACAGAUAACAUGCAUGAGUGCCCACAGACCAAGACCUGCAAACAUGCAUGCGUGCUUAUAUGCUCAUAGAAACACGGGUUAACACACACACAAGUGCAAACACACAUUGUAAGGGACAUACCAUGCCUUGGUUGACCUACCUGAACUUUUGUCUUCAUUGUUUAAGCUAAGCUUUCUAAGUUAGGGUCCUCUUAGCCUGUUACUUAGCAUAUCUGUCUGUUACAGUUACUGGGUAGUAGGAAUUAAUUUUGUAAUUCAUGAGUGACAAGGUAAAGAUGAGCGAUUUCUCAAGCUCAUCAGGCUCAUAACACCAGGCUCAUUGAUUGGUUGUCUGUACUAAAGCUUUUUUCCAUGGUCUCUCUUAUGGCGCGCAUAGUCAUCCCUACAGAGCAGCAUGCUUCCGCAGUUGGCUGUCCUUUAAGCUUUAUUACAUUUUUAGAAAGGGAAACGAAAAAGAGGUUCUUGUACACCAGAACAGAGGUCUGAGGAGAAAUCAUUUCUGAGUGGACUUCCUUUUAAUUUAGUCUGCUUUAAAUUCAACUGUAUCUUUGGCAAAGAUUCAGUAGUACGUGCUACUGAAAGCUAAAUAAAAGCAUUACCUACUAGUUCCAUACAUACCUGAACUAGUAGAUAGUUGAUUUGAUUCAGGAACAAGAGCCUAGAGAUUUAUGCAAUUAUGGAUGUUUUUUGGUUGCUCUGUUACAUUUACAUUUGUCAAACACUCUUAUCCAGAGCAGCUGACAACAUCAGUCAUAUUACAGAGGUAAGCAUGUAGUGUUAUUAGUCUUGCCCAAGGACUUAUUGGUAUAGUGUGGUGCACUUUCCCAGAUGGGGGAGUGAACCCAAGUACCGUAUGGGAGAUGUCACCUUUAUUUAUUUAUGGGAAUGCAGCCAUAUUUUAUAACCUUUGUUUACAUAUUUAUGCAAUACCUCCUAAAGAGUGUAAAAGAAUGUUAACUUGAGUUUUGAUAAUUGGUAUUAAGUACAUAUACAUUACCACGGAUGUCAUCAACAUCAGCUCAUUAUAGUCUGGUUUAGUUUUUUAGUUAUUAACCCUUUCAAACUUAAAUGAAUCCAUUUAAACAUACCAAGAAUAUUAUACAUCUGGUCAUACAUGCAUUACCUCAGAGAGGAACGAACAUGCUUAAAUGAUUCUUGCACAAACAGAUACUUUAGGGGUUGAGAUUAUUUACUUCUAUUUGUUUGGUCAAUACUGUAGCAUUUUACACCUGUAUCCAAAGAUGUUCAAUUGCUGUUUUGAUUUCUUUUAUUUAUAUUAUUUAUUGUAACAUUGUUUUCAGAAUGUGUGCAAUGUUCUCAGAAUACACAAAUAAAUUCAUAAAAAACCCACAAAG